UCCUUCAGCCAGCGGGAUGUGAGGGAGCUGCGCAUCGCUUACCAGCCACCCAUGGAAGACUCUGAUCGGGAGCGUCUCUUUGAGCUCGAGCUGGAGGUGUUGGACCCAGAGGGUGCUGCCUCAGAGCCCUUCGCCUUUGUCAUUGUGGUGAAGCCCAUGAACACCCUGGCACCUGUGGUGACUCGCAACACUGGCCUUGUUCUUUAUGAGGGGCAGUCACGUCCUCUCUCAGGCCCUGGUCCCAGCCCUAACCUGGUGAUCAGUGAUGAGGAUGACCUUGAGCAGGUGCGGUACCAGCAUGACGGCAGCGAGUCUCCACUCAGUGACAAUCUGGUGCUGCGUUUGGAAGAUGGUGGCUCUCGCCACCGUGUGGAGUUCCUUUUCCCCAUUACCCUGGUACCCACCGAUGAUCAGCCACCCCUACUCAACGCUGACACAGGGCUGGAUAUGGCUGAGGGUGAAACAGUGCCCAUCACUACCCGUGCUCUUAGUGCCACUGACAUUGAUUCACAGGAUGCUGUCCUGCUUUUCACAGUGGAGUCUGGCCCCACUGCUGGGCAGCUCCUCCUCCGUCAAGCACAACCACCUCCUGGCUGGGAGGAGGAGGAAGAAGAUGAGGGCUUUUCUUGGAGGGGUGUACCAGGUUUAGCAGGGAGCUCCGUAAUUUAUGAAAAGCCAGUGAGAGAGUGGCUGCAACAGGAUAUUGUGGAAGGGCGUCUUUAUUACCACCACUUCGGGCCCCACAGCCCUGGCCCUGGGGUUGUGUUGGACCAGUUUGUCUUCAGAGUCCAGGAUGACAAUGACCCACCCAACCGCUCUGGACCACAGACUUUUGUGAUCCGGGUACAUCCUGUAGACAGAUUAGCCCCAGAGCUUCACAGUAGCAGCAGCCUGCACUUAAUAGUUGCAGAACAGCAGGUGACCCCGCUGAGAAGGAAGCAUCUGUGUUAUACAGAUCAGGAUUCAGGGGACCAUGAACUCCGCUACUCAGUCACCCAGCCCCCCACUGACACUGACACUAACCACCCUCCAGAUUUAUAUGGAGGCCGCCUUGGAUCCCUCGUGCUGACUGAGGAUCAUUCUGUGGAAGUUACCCACUUCACCCAAGCCCAGAUCAACCAUCACAAGAUCUCAUACCGUCCUCCACAGGAAGAACUUGGGGUGGCUCCUCAUUUGAUUCAGUUUCAGUAUCAAGUGCAAGAUGCAGCUGGGAAUGCAGCCAAAGGGACUUUCACCAUCUACCUUCAGCCUGUGGAUAACCAGCCUCCUGAAAUCACUAAUACUGGCUUCACUUUGCCUGAGGGAGGCAGCCAUGUCGUUAGUCCAACUGAGCUGGAUGCCACUGACACAGACACGGAACUUGCCCGUCUCAGAUUUGUCCUGACCCAAGCUCCUCGGUAUGGCCAGUUGCAGCUUUCUGGGUACAGUUUGUUUGCAGGAGGUGUCUUUGGCCUGGAGGAUAUCAGACAAGGCAGGGUAGUGUAUGUGCACAGUGGAGCUGAGGCAAACAGUGAUACUUGCAGGCUUGAUGUGAGUGAUGGGGUUCAUUUUGUGCCCAUCACGCUGAAAAUGAAUGUGCACCCCGUUGAUGAUGAGGUUCCUAUGCUACGGUUGCCCCCAGGCACUCUUGGUUCCUACCUAGAUGUACUGGAGAAUGGUGCAGCUGAAAUCACUGCUAAUGUCAUUCAGGGCACGGAUGAGGAUACAGAUGACUUAAUGUUGACUUUCAUUUUAGAGGAUCCUCCUCAGCAUGGGAACAUCCUGGUUCGAGGGGUGCCUGCAGAUAGAUUUUCCCAGAGAGACCUGCUAGAUGGUGCUGUGGUAUAUACUCACACUGGUGGUGAAAUAGGCCUUCUGCCCAAAGAAGAUACCUUCAACCUUACCUUGUCUGACAUGUCCAAGGAGUGGAGCAUCAGAGGAAAUGUUGUUCAAGGAGUUUCAGUCUUGGUGACCAUUCUUCCUGUUGACAGUCAAGCCCCGGAGAUUUUUGUGGGGGAGCAGUUCAUGAUAAUGGAAGGUGACAAACGAGUCAUUACUCCUGCUCACCUGAGGGCUGAAGAUGUGGAUACUCCUAGUGAUGAUAUACUCUGCACCAUUGUUGCUCAGCCCGCAUCUGGGUAUGUAGAGAACAUCUCUCCAGCCCCAGGAUCUGAAAAAUCCAGAGCAGGUAUAGCUAUAAGUGCUUUCACCUUGAAAGACCUCCGUCAAGGACAUAUUUUUUAUGUCCAAAGUAUACACAAGGGUGUAGAACCUGUUGAAGACAGAUUUGCUUUCCGCUGUUCUGAUGGCAUUAACUUUUCCCAAAGGCACUUUUUCCCCAUUGUCAUUAUGCCCAUCAAUGAUGAAGAGCCUGAAAUCUUUGUGCGAGAGUUUGUUGUGAUGGAAGGCAUGAGCCUCGUUAUUGAUACCCCUAUCCUCAACGCAGUUGACGCAGACAUCCCUGCUGAUAAGUUAAUGUUUACAAUCACUAGACUUCCCAGGCACGGCCACAUUGUGAACCAGCUGCUCAAUGGAACUGUCCUGGUGGAGAGCUUCACCUUGGACCAGAUAGCAGAGACCUCAAACAUACUCUAUGAACAUGAUGACUCUGAGACAAAGGAGGACAGUUUUGAGGUGAAACUCACAGAUGGUAAACAUACCAUUAGGAAAGUGGUACUCAUCAUGGUUAUUCCUGUAGAUGAUGAGACACCAAGAAUGGCCAUCAAUGAUGGUUUGGAGAUCGAAAUAGGGGAAACUAGAACUAUUAAUAAUAGAAUAUUAAAAGCUACUGACCUAGAUUCUGAAGACAAAACUUUGACAUAUAUUAUAAGAUACGGGCCAGGACAAGGCAUCUUACAGAGAAUGAAGUCUUCAGGUGGAGCUGAGAAUAUCACCCUGGGGAUGAACUUCACCCAAGAUGAAGUGGAUAGAAACUUAAUUCGAUAUAUGCAUUUUGGCCAAGAAGGAGUUCGUGAUCUUAUAAAGUUUGAUGUGACAGAUGGAAUAAAUCCUCUCAUUGACCGCUACUUUUAUGUGACAAUAGGUAGCAUUGAUAUUGUCUUCCCAGAUGUCAUCAGCAAAGGAGUUUCUUUGAAGGAAGGAGGAAAAGUAACCCUUACUACUGAUUUGCUUAGCACCAGUGACCUGAAUAGUCCAGAUGAGAACUUAGUUUUCACCAUUACCAGAGCACCUGUUCGUGGUCAUCUUGAAUGCACAGAUCAGCCUGGGGUACCCAUCUCCACUUUUACUCAACUCUUGUUAGCAGGCAAUAAAGUCUAUUACAUUCACACUUCGGAAGAUGAGGUGAAAAUGGACAGCUUUGAAUUUGAGGUGACCGAUGGUUAUAACCCUGUAUUUCGUACUUUCAGAAUUUCUAUCAGUGAUGUAGAUAAUAAGAAACCUGUUGUUACAAUCCAUAACCUGGUGGUGAGUGAAAAUGAAUGCAAACUGAUAACCCCAUUUGAACUGACUGUGGAAGACAGAGAUACACCUGAUGCAUUGCUAAAAUUUAUCAUCACUCAAAUACCAGUUCAUGGUCAGAUCAUGUUUAAUAACUCCAAACCAGUCACCACCUUCACUAAACAAGAUCUCAAUGAAAAUCUAAUCAGCUACAAACAUGAUGGCACAGAAUCAGUUGAGGAUAGCUUCUCUUUCACUGUUACGGAUGGCACUCAUACCGAUUUCUAUGUCUUUCCCAAUACUGUGUUCGAAACAAGGAAACCUCAGACUAUGAAGAUUCGAAUAAUGGCCGUGGACAACAGUGUACCUCAAAUCGUAAUAAAUAAGGGUGCUCAGACUCUUCGUAUUCUGGCCACAGGUCACAUUGGGUUUCUGAUUACCAACAAGGUGCUUAAAGUGGAAGACAGGGACAGUUUGCACGCUACUCUUAAGAUCAGAAUCACAGAGGCUCCGCGCCAUGGCUUCCUGAUCCACCUGGGGAAAGGCAACCAUAGCAUCAGCCAGUUCACCCAAGCUGAUAUUGAUGAUAUGAAGAUAUGUUAUGUUUUACGAGGGGGUGACAAUGCCACCAGUGACAUUUUUCAUUUCAUUGUUGAAGACAGUGUUAUGAUUGCCUACUUCUUUAAAGGUUCCAGCUGCUCAUAUGGACACGUUGUUUCUGAUGUACACGUUGCAGAGUUCAAGUUCUGA